AUGGCUUUCAGAUUUGUCAUCCUUACAUGCUUGGUGGCGGCCGCCAGCGCCGGUAUUAUCCCGGCAGCUCCCCUCACGUACGCCGCGCCCGUAUAUCAUGGCGCUCCCGUAGCCUAUGCCGCUGCUCCCGUCGCUAAGCUGGCCUACUCCGCACCCGUCGCCAAGGUUGCCGUUGAGGAAUACGACGCACACCCUCAGUACAGCUUCUCAUACGAUGUUCAAGACGGUCUAACCGGAGACUCUAAGUCACAACACGAAAGCCGUGACGGCGACGUCGUUCAGGGCUCUUACUCGGUCGUCGAGCCCGACGGCACCAAGCGUACUGUCGACUACACUGCUGACCCGCACAACGGCUUUAAUGCUGUCGUUCACAAGGAGCCUGCAACUGUGAAGGUCGCAGCUGUUGCCAAGGUUGCCGCUCCGAUCGCCUACCACGCCGCCCCUGUCGCCUACCACGCUGCCCCUGUCGUCCAUGCCGCUUACUCUGCCCCCAUCUAUCACCACUAA